UAUUUACAAAAGUAAGCAGUUAUGAGUUCUGAAAAUGUUUUUGAAUGGAAGGUCGGUCUUGUAAACGUACAAGAGAAAUAUCUCACCGCGGACGGAUAUGGAAAUAAGGUUAAUGCCAGCGGGACAGCUCUCCGACAGAAACAAAUGUGGACGGUAGAGUUCCAUGAGGAUGAAACUGUUUACAUUCGGAGUUACGCCAGAAAUUACAUCUCUGUCGAUCGCCUUGGUAAUGUAACAUGUGAUGCAAAAGAGCGCGGAGAAGAGCAGCAAUUCUCUGUGACGUACGCCACUGAUGGGUCCGCACGCUGGGCAUUCCAAAAUAAGAAACUGAAACAAUUUCUAGCAGGUAUGGGUGAAAAAAUAGACUGCUUAGCAAAGAAGGCUUCUGAAGAGGACCUGUCCUUGUGGACUGUCCCUUUUGCGAUGCAUCCGCAAGUUACAAUCUUUGCUAUGAUGGGUAAGAAAUACGCAAUAGCGGAUUCUAAGAACGUGCGCAUCGGUGGUGAUAAAGCUUGGGGUGCACAAGCUCUGUUUACGAUGGAAUUUUACUGUGGUAAAUAUCGAAUCAAAACAGCAGAUAAUCGAUAUCUAUGUAAAGACGGAUCGUUGAAUGAAACGCACGAUAAAGACACAGUGUUUGGAAUAGAGAUUCAACAAAGCGAUGAUAAAAAACUCCAGGGCCUGGCAUUUAAAGAUAAUGAGGGAAGAUUUCUAUCAACAAGUGGUCCUACAGGAAUGCUGAAGAGUUACCAGAAGAGUCUUAGAAGGGAAGCUCUGUUUCGACUACAACAGAGUCAUCCCCAGGUGAGCAUCAUGGGACCAGGAGGCAAAACAGCGACCGUAGGGAUGGAAGUCAUGAUGAAAAAAUUGAUCCAAGGCCCGACAAACUCGGAAAUCUUUCAACUGGAAUAUGAUAGCAAAAAGAAGAAAUGGUCGAUCGAAACCUACGACGGAACAUUCUGGGGAGUGGGUCAAAAUGGCCGAUUGGACACGAAUGCCAAAACAGUAUCAGACGAUAACUUGUUUGAGAUCAUUUGGCUGUCCAAUGGAAGAGCAAGCAUUAAGGGACCCAACGGUAAACGGCUAGUGAGCAAGGGAACCGUAAAUCUUGUCGCCAGUCUUCCAGAAGACGAGAAAGACGAAGGUUUCCAGAUCCGGAUAUUGAAUCGCCCGGUGAUUGUUCUCAGGUGUGAUUUCGGAUUUAUUGGUAUUAAAACGGCCGCCGGAAGUAACAAGGAUGAGUACAUUUGCACCAAGGCGUACCCGAGCGUCAUAACUUUGAAUCAAAUGGAAGAUGGAAGAUACAGUUUGCAAUGCGAGAACGGGAAAUACUGGUGUGUUAACCUACAAACCGGGGGCCAUCCAACAAUUAAAGCUGACAGUGCCGAGCCUGUACCGUUUAUUUUAGAAUUUCAGGAUACCAACGCUCUUACAAUUUUAGCUCCCAAUGAACGAUAUAUGGUUUGUGACAAAGUCGGCCAUUUUUAUGCGUCAGCAACGGAAAUAGGUCCAAAAUGUAUAUUGUAUUGUUGAGAAACGGUAUCUGAAAGUGUUUAUUUAUUACUCUUUUAAUUUGCCUAAUUGAUGUUAUUCUUUGCUAGAAUUUGAUUCUCGCAUGGUUAAAUAAAAACUUGAUGAUUGCUGUUAAA